CUCCUCAUGGAUGAGUCGAACGUGACGUCAUUCGUUGAUGAGAAGUCCACCAACGCCUCCACCGCCAGGAAUACCUCGGCUGGAGAUCUGCGCCGGGAAAUCCCAAUUGUGCACUGGGUAAUUAUGAGCAUCUCCCCUCUGGGCUUUGUCGAAAAUGGAAUCCUCCUCUGGUUCCUCUGCUUCCGGAUGAGAAGAAAUCCCUUCACGGUCUACAUCACCCACUUGUCUAUUGCAGACAUCUCAUUGCUCUUUUGUAUUUUUAUUCUGUCUGUUGACUAUGCCUUAGAUUAUGAGCUCUCUUCUGGCUAUUACUACACGAUUGUCACAUUAUCAGUGACUUUUUUGUUCGGCUACAACACGGGCCUCUAUCUGUUGACGGCCAUUAGUGUGGAGAGGUGCCUGUCUGUCCUCUACCCCAUCUGGUACCGAUGUCAUCGCCCCAAGCACCAGUCGGCAUUUGUCUGUGCCCUCCUGUGGGCACUUUCGUGCUUGGUAACCACCAUGGAGUAUGUCAUGUGCAUUGACAGUGAAGGGCAGAGUCACUCUCAAAGUGACUGCAGGGCGGUGAUCAUCUUCAUUGCCAUUCUGAGUUUCCUGGUCUUCACUCCCCUCAUGGUGGUGUCCAGCACCAUCCUAGUGAUUAAGAUCCGAAAGAACACAUGGACAGCCCAUUCCUCAAAGCUGUACAUAGUCAUCAUGGUCACCAUCAUCAUCUUCCUCAUUUUUGCUAUGCCCAUGAGGCUCCUCUACCUGCUCUAUUAUGAGUAUUGGUCAGCCUUUGGAAACUUGCACCAUAUUUCUCUUCUCUUCUCCACAAUCAACAGCAGUGCCAACCCUUUUAUUUACUUCUUCGUGGGCAGCAGUAAGAAAAAGCGGUUCAAGGAGUCCUUAAAAGUGGUUCUGACCAGGGCUUUCAAAGAUGAAAUGCAACCCAGGCGCCAGGAAGACAAUGGCAACACCACCACAAUUGAGACUGUGGUCUGA